UUCAGCCGGCUGAUUGUCGAGACCGAGAUCACCGAGACCUUUGAGUACGUUCGCGAGACCACUGACAACGAGCCGUUGACCGGCGAGGCCUAUCUCACCAACAACUUCCGUUGCAACACGGGCUCCUUCGGCAAUGCCAACAAGACCAAGGUGUACGAGGUCAGCUCUGGAAGCAGCAUUGGAUUCGCCACCGAGGAUAAUGUCCAGAACGAGGCCUGGGGUCCCCUGCAGGUCUACAUGUCCAAGGCCCCAUCCGAUGUGCGUAUGUACGAUGGCAGCGGCGAGUGGUUCAAGGUCUUCGAGAUGGGUCCCACGGCCUUCACUGAGGAGGGUAUCGAAUGGGCCUCAACCGGCCUGACCAACUUCACUUUCACCCUGACCGACGAGAUCGCCACCGGCCAGUACCUGGUCCGCGUCGAGCAGAUUGAUUUCAGCGAUAGCACUGCCUCCGCUGGUGACAACGAGUACUACGUCAACUGCGCCCAGGUCAAGGUCACCAGCAGCAGCAGGUCCACCGUUUCCAGCUCCAGUGAGGUUUCCAUCCCCGGUGUCUACAAGAGGUCUACCUCGGGACUCCAGUACGUCAACGGCACCGUCACUUCCGAGUACACCAUGCCGGGCCCCGAGGUCUGG